UGGGGGCUUGGGAAGUGAACCUCUGGGAUGAUGGUGGUGGACGCUGCCUCGCUGUGUCUUGCUGCGCUCUUUCGAGAAUAGCUCUGGAUUCCCACUGCUGCGCGCAAUCUUAUAUGUAGCUGCUUGUUCCUUAGUAUCAUUUGCAUGUUUGCUGGAUCCCAGAGCUCAUCUUGCUUCACUCAAGGGUUAAAAUAUGUCAGCAUCAAGAAAGGAUUAAGACAUUUUCUUGUCUACCCAUCUGGUUCCGUUCACAAAAUCUUUCCCAGAACAACAUCUUGUUGGUGUAACUCCAGCCCCUGCCAUAGUGGCCAAGGGGUUGGGAGGAAGUUGUCAACAUGGCAGAUACACUGGAGUUCAAUGAAAUAUACCAGGAGGUGAAGGGAUCUAUGAAUGAUGGUCGUCUCCGGCUAAGCCGUCAGGGGGUGAUUUUCAAGAACAGCAAAACAGGAAAAGUUGACAACAUCCAGGCCUCAGAAUUGUCAGAGGGCAUCUGGCGACGAGUAGCGCUGGGCCAUGGUCUCAAACUGCUUACAAAAAAUGGCCAUGUCUACAAGUAUGAUGGAUUCAGAGAGACGGAGUUUGACAAACUCUCCGAUUUCUUCAAGACCCACUUUCACCUGGAGCUUGUGGAAAAAGAUCUGUGUGUGAAAGGGUGGAACUGGGGAACAGUGAAAUUUGGAGGACAGCUCCUCUCUUUUGACAUUGGGGAGCAGCCUGUGUUUGAGAUCCCACUCAGUAAUGUGUCCCAGUGCACAACUGGGAAGAAUGAGGUGACUUUGGAGUUCCACCAGAAUGACGAUGCUGAGGUGUCACUGAUGGAGGUGCGCUUCUAUGUGCCGCCCACUCAGGAGGAUGGCGUGGACCCUGUGGAAGCAUUUGCCCAGAAUGUGUUAUCCAAGGCAGAUGUUAUCCAGGCCACUGGAGAUGCCAUCUGCAUCUUCCGAGAACUGCAGUGCUUGACACCUCGUGGACGUUAUGACAUUCGCAUCUAUCCCACCUUCCUGCACCUUCAUGGCAAAACAUUUGACUACAAGAUCCCUUAUACGACUGUUCUGCGGCUCUUCCUCCUGCCCCAUAAAGACCAACGCCAGAUGUUCUUUGUGAUCAGCUUAGACCCUCCUAUAAAGCAAGGCCAAACUCGCUACCACUUUCUCAUCCUACUCUUUUCAAAGGAUGAGGAUAUCUCUUUGACCCUCAACAUGAAUGAGGAUGAGGUAGAGAAGCGCUUUGAGGGACGGCUCACCAAGAAUAUGUCUGGCUCCCUGUAUGAGAUGGUUAGUCGUGUCAUGAAAGCCCUUGUCAACCGCAAGAUCACUGUGCCUGGGAACUUCCAAGGGCAUUCCGGGGCACAGUGCAUCACUUGCUCCUAUAAGGCCAGUUCGGGACUCUUGUAUCCUCUAGAACGUGGCUUCAUCUAUGUGCACAAGCCACCCGUCCAUAUCCGCUUUGAUGAGAUCUCUUUUGUAAACUUUGCCCGUGGGACCACAACCACGCGCUCAUUCGACUUUGAGAUAGAAACGAAGCAGGGGACCCAAUACACUUUUAGCAGCAUAGAGAGAGAGGAAUAUGGCAAACUGUUUGACUUUGUGAAUGCCAAGAAGUUGAACAUCAAGAACCGAGGACUCAAGGAGAAGAAAAAGGGCAUAACAUCUGUGCCCUAUGAUGACUAUGCUGGCUCAGAUGAAGAUACACAUGAUGCCUACUUGGAGCGUAUGAAGGAGGAGGGAAAGAUUCGUGAAGAGCAUGCGAAUGACAGCAGUGAGGACUCUGGUGAAGAGACAGAUGAAUCAUUCAAUCCUGUGGAAGAGGAAGAGGAUGUGGCAGAAGAGUUUGACAGCAACGCAUCAGCCAGCUCGUCUAGCAAUGAAGCAGACAGUGAUGAGGAAAAGAAGAAACCUGCCAAGAAGGCCAAGAUUGUCAGAGAACGCAAGCCUCGCAAGAAGCCGCCUGAGGGUAAGAAAGGGAAAGACCCUAAUGCCCCAAAGAGACCUCUGUCUGCCUACAUGCUCUGGCUCAAUGCUAAUCGUGACAAGAUCAGAGCUGAAUGUCCUGGUAUGAGUGUCACCGAUGUGUCCAAGAAAGCUGGAGAACUCUGGAAAGGGAUGUCCAAAGAGAAGAAAGAGGAAUGGGACCGCAAAGCUGAAGAGGCCAAGAAAGAUUAUGAAAAGGCCAUGAAGGAGUACAGUGAGGGUGGCAAGUCAGACAGCUCCAAAAAGGAGAAACCCAAGAAGAAAAAAAAGCCAGAGAAGCCAGGAAAAGGUAGACCGGAGAAGAAGGUUGUGACCCCUUCAAAAUCCUCUGUCAGCAAGAGCCCUUCUAAGCAGUUAGGCGAGAGUUUCAAGAGCAAGGAGUUUGUAUCCAGUGACGAAAGCUCCUCAGGCGAGGACAAGAAGGAGGACUCUGAGGAGGAAGAGAUUGCUAGCACCCCACCCAGCUCAGCGGAUUCUGCAUCGGGCUCUGAUUAGCAAGAAACACUCACAGAGCCACCCUGGUUCCCAUAUGCCUUGUACAGGUGGUUAGAUUGCUGAGCCAAGACGGACUGGACACUGUUUCAUCCUGGCAAAUAGGCCGGAGAGCUGGCACUGUACAGGAGUACCUUUUGGCCUCCCCAGCCUUUCCCCGUUCCCAGUAUUGCAGGUUGUAACUAGGAUCAGCUAUUACAUCUGGAGAGAACGGAUGGCAUUGAGAGAGAGGAUGGGGAAAGUCAGUCAUCCAGUUGUUCUGCCUCUGUGCUGACAGAUCCACUAUAACUGUAUCCUGUUAGAUGGCAGCCCGGGUGAUAAGGAACAUGCAGCUGGAAGGUGGGAAACUAUGCAGCUACCCUAGUCAGAACGCAUUGGGUUUUCUUCCUUCUGUUUUUCUUCCUUCCUUUUUUUCUUUCUUUUUUAAGGCUCUCUUUGUAUUUCUGUCAUUACGUGGCUGAUUUAAUAAAAAUUGUGCAUUUGGA